AUGGCACCACCUGCCACAUCGACAGGCUCGGCCAAGGUUGACGCCGUUGUCCAGAAUGUCGCUGCGAACACACCAGAAAAGCUGAGCGGUAUUGCUCUUUACUCCAGAUUCGCCUUAGCUGGUGCAGUCUGCUGUUCAGUAACCCACGGAGGUCUCACACCUGUUGAUGUCGUCAAAACCAGAAUUCAACUCGACCCAGUCACAUACAACAAAGGUCUUGUUGGAGGAUUCCGUCAGGUUAUUGCGAAGGAGGGUGCUGGUGCUCUUUUGACUGGUUUCGGUCCAACUGCUGCUGGUUACUUCCUUCAGGGCGCACUUAAGUUUGGAGGUUAUGAGCUGUUCAAGCAACAGUCAAUCAACCUCCUCGGAUACGAGACUGCCUCCAACAACCGCACCGCUGUCUACCUCGCAUCCGCUGGUAUCGCCGAGUUCUUCGCCGAUGUUGCCCUUUGCCCUCUCGAGGCCACCCGUAUCCGUCUCGUCUCCGAGCCCACAUAUGCCAAUGGUCUUAUCGGAGGAUUCAGCAAGAUGUUGAAGAAUGAGGGUAUCGGAGCUUUCUAUGCUGGUUUCGGACCAAUCCUGUUCAAACAGGUUCCAUAUACCAUGUCCAAGUUCGUCGUCUACGAGAAGGUCGCCGAGGCUAUCUACAAGCGUGUUGACAAAAGCACCGCUUCCCCUGGUCUCCAAACCACCAUCAACCUCGGUUCCGGUCUCAUCGCUGGUUUCGCCGCCGCUAUCGUUUCCCAGCCAGCUGACACCAUGUUGAGCAAAAUCAACAAGACUAAGGGACUUCCUGGAGAGGGAACCACCUCCCGUCUCAUCAAGAUCGCCAAGGAACUUGGUCUUAGAGGAUCGUACGCUGGUAUCGGUGCAAGACUUUUCAUGGUCGGUACAUUGACCGCAGGACAGUUCGCAAUUUACGGUGACUUGAAGAAGGCUUUGGGAGCUGUUGGAGGUGUUGAGAUUGCUGCUACAAAAUAA